UUCAGGGAGAAGAAGUUUGAAGAGGAGCCGCGGGCAGCGGGACUCACUCGCAUCCUUUCUCUGCUUAUUACAGAAGUCAACAUACUCUGCGUCUCAUCUUGUCACUGCGGAACCGGGCUAUGCUUUUAAUAUCAAUCUAAAGAAUAGUUUUUACUUUUCCUGUUUUCAAGGUGGUUGAAGGUCGGGGAGCUGAAUUACCGGUUACCCGGUUGAUGGUAUUUCCAGCGGGCACCCGUGCAUGCUGUCCGGGAAGAAGUUGACAGUAUCACCGUGGGACUUUGCAACAAAAUAAAACCCCUGGACGGACAAAAAAAAAGCGAACACAAGGAAGUCAAAUCUGGAAAUAUUUCCCUUUCGCAACCUGCGUCUUACUCGCUGGAGUUUUGCAACUUUUAACUAGAAAUGGUUGGCAGGUUGAACUUGCCAAAUGUAUGUGAAGGAGACCCACUGGAUAUGAGCUGCAGGGCUGAAAGAGGACUUGACAGCCCGGACUCUGGGUUACCCCCGAGCCCGAGCCCCAGCGCCUGGCUGCUGCCUGUGUGUGCGGAUAAAGCCGGGGGCGUGAGCCCGGUGUCUGAGGACGAGGGAAGGGGCUCCCUGGUUCCAGUUUUACCCACCGGAUCUUUGCCACAGCUACACCCACUGUCCUUUGGGGAAGGCAUAGCACUAGAUCCAUUGCCGCCAAAGGAAAUAAGAUACACCUCCUCUGUGCACUACAACUCGGACCGCCACUUCAUCCAGGACGUGGCCCUGCAGCCAUGGGGCCAGGGCCUUGAACACUGCAGGCAGACUAUCAUGGCCGUGCCCCACAGCACUUGGCGCCGCUACAAAACACAGCUGGAGUUUCAGCCUCGCCAUCGGCCGCAGCGCUUCAAGAGCACCACCAUCAUUUACCCCAAGAAAACCAGCGCUGUUUACACCACAGAGCUGAGCUACGACUGCCACCGGCUAUCCAGACGCUUCCUGUCCAGUGUCGAGCUGGAGGCAGCUGGCCACAGAAAGCUGUCUCAGUGAGGAGGGGUGGCCAGGUGGUUGGGGACACACAAAGGCAUUUAGGGGCAUUCCUAUGGCCCCUAAACUGUGGCUCCCCUGAGGCUGGAUGCCGUUGACCUGCUGUGUUGUCCUCUUAGAGUUGUGUAGCCUGUUAUCCUUUUUUAAGUAUCUAUCCCAAGCUGUGGACAGAAAUCAUCUGCACUGUGAUGUUGCAGACAGCUGAGAUGUUGUAUGUAUGAUAUGUGUGUGUCCCUGGCAAUGAAAGAAACUAUCCAUGGCAUGGAUAUUUAACCAAGCGCUUGAGUUUGUAACUUGUUGAAAGUUUUCAAAGGGAUGAUUAUUUUUAUUGGCUGUAGAACUGAAUUAGAUGGGCCAAGAUGAGGAGAAUACUUAUUUGCCCUCAGCAAAGUCACUCUCCUCAUAGCACACCAAGUUGGUCAGGCAUGUGGAGUGAUUGGUUUUAAAGUUGAACAAUGAGGCCUGUCUCAGCUCAUUGAAUAUGAAGAGCACCUGUUAGAACUGCUAACCUAGGAUAUGGUUCAAAGCGACUAGUUUGUAAGGCAGAGGAAAGGCAAAUAAAGGUGGUGCUGGAGUUUGGGUGCAUGCUAUUGAAUCAUAACUUAUCCACACUGUACAUAGGAUGUGGUGAAAAAUGCUUAACACGUGUUUUGUUUCUUCACAGGGUAUUUCUGCACAACAUAGCACAAGCUAAGCUCAAACCAAGCCUUUUCUCUAGCCACUGUUUAUGGCUGCAACUCAUAAUGUAUUGUGUAAAUGUUGGUAGAUAAAGGGAACUUUUCUGUUCAUUGUGAUGUGUAAGCUUAAACUGAUUUUAAGUAGGUAGUGUAGAUGGAUUGUGAGCGUGGAGUUUACUGUGGAUUGGAUUUUUUGAUAUCACUCACUGGCUUUCUAGUGAAAAUAACAAGCUGCAUUCCACUGCUAUCACUUUCUUUGGCCUGACUUGGAUUGAUAUCGUAUUUAUUCUGUUGAAGUUUUAGGAUCUGAGAUUUUAUCAGCUCAUUAACGGGUCUCUGCAGUCAUGGUAAGGGAUGUAAUUGUGAUGCUCUUUGUGCCUUAUUGAUGUAUCUGUUUGAUGCUUCUUUUUGAUAUUAGUCACUUAUUCAGUGCCAGUUUGAAAUAAAGUGUUCAUUUGUUCUUCAA